GCCAGUGGCCAAGAACUGGGCGAAGUAGGCAGAAGGCCAGGCUGGCAGCGCUCUGUGUGAUGCUGCACGAGUAUCCGGACACCCGCCCGCUUCCCGGGGCACAGAGAUUGCCUGUGCCCCUUGGCCCUCCCACACCACCGCACACCCGACGCAGAUCUGGGAAGCAGACUGGAUCUCACGCACAGCCCACGGUAACCAGAUCCCCUACGGGUGGAGCAGUCGGGCGCGUCACUAUCUCCGAGUGAGACGCUGCUCAAGCCUCAGUCCAGGCUCCGCCGUGGGGAUACACAGCGCAGGGCAUGGCGCAGAAGCUGGGCGAGUGGGCCAAUGCGCCCGCCGAGGCCACCGGGCUGUACCGAGCGGUGCUGCUCAGGUCAGCCUCCAUGUACUCAGAGAUCCAGAGGGAGCGGGCUGACAUCGAGGGACUCAUGGCCCGGCCAGAGUACAGAGAGUGGAAUUCAGAGCUCAUCAAACCCAAGAAGUUGCUGAACCCUGUGAAGGCUUCUCGAAGCCAUCAGGAGCUGCACCGUGAGCUGCUCAUGAACCACAAAAGGGGCCUGGGUGUGGACAGCAAGCCUGAGCUGCAGCGGGUCCUGGAGCACCGUCGCAGGAAUCAGCUGAUAAAAAAGAAGGAGGAGGAGCUAGAGGCCAAGCGGAUGCAGUGCCCCUUCAAGCAGGAGCUGCUGAGACGGCAGCAGAGACUGAACCAGCUGGAAAACCCACCACAGAGAGAUGAGGACCACCCCCCUGAGUUCAUCAAAGUCCGAGAAAACCUGCGCAGAAUCACCACACUGACCAGCGAAGAGAGAGCGCUGUAGAGUUCCCUCCAUUCAGCUCCUGCCACUCACUCUGGCCCAGUCCUCCUCCAGCUUGUCUGAACCUGAGGACCCUAGCCCACAAUGAUGCCAGCAAGGCGCACCUGAAAGGCCAGCUAUCCCUGGGAAGCUGGAGACCCACACACACUCCCCACAGGAAAGUCUCUGGACUUUUCUUUCUGAGCAGUUAGACUUCCUGCAUUAGAGAGGAAGCCACUGCAAGGAAAGACCUCCAGAGGUGCCAUCCUUGAUACGGCUCACUGAGAUUUCCCUAGCAGAAGUGAGGAAGGGGGCCAGGGGUCCCUCCAUUCUGCCUCCGUUGCCCAAUAAGGCCUAUUUCUUGGAGCAGCUCAGCUCCUAAAGUUGGGAACAGCUCAACUCUGGCUUAACCUGAGGCCAAAGACACCUGUUUUAGAAAUCCCAGAGCAAGCAAAGAAGGUACCAGAUUUUGUAGCAAGGAAGGGCAUGGGAGGCCACAGCAGGCUGUGGCCAGGUCGGAAGAGUCCCAAGCAAAGCAAUUUUAGGCCUUUCCAGCUUGCCUCGUAGUUUGGCUUUUAUUUCUCCUCCCCACUGCCCUCCCUAAAUUACUAACCACACCUCACCACAGAGCUCCAGCUUCCAGCACAUUCUAGACAGCACACUGCCAAGUUUACUGUAUAUACAAAUCAGAGAGUCCUGUGAACAGUCCCUGGAACCUAUUUAUCUAACACACUCCUAGAGGUAGUCCAGGAUGUGGGUUUGAACAUAUAGCUAAGCUGAAGCACCCAAGAGUGGGUAUAUUAGAAAUAUCCAACUUUCUUAGCUCCCUGGCUUGGAGGUUCCCAGUGCCUCCUCUGAAGCCCCCCAAAUUCUUCGUUCACUAUCCAUAGUGGUCCCAACACACACACACACACACACACACACACACAUACACACACACACACUUGCACACAUGCACAGGAACCCUUGGCCUGGUCAUGGAAUUGUAACUGCCAAUCUUUAUUUCUUACUGGUAUAAAAACUCUAGCUUAAAUUCUAGCCAAAAAGAAGAGGGAAAGAACCUUAGCUUGCUACAAGGUUUUGGAAAGCAACUAUACAAUGAUUUCCUCUAGAAAGAUAUAUAUGGUAAUUUGAAGACCCCACUGCCAUGGUAAUGGAAUGGACUCUUAGGUCAAUAUUGCCAGCACUGUCACCUGAGACCCUGACCUUCCCCCCCCCCCAGUCUGGGUCUUCCCCAUCCAUUCUUCUUCCUCCAAAGCCCCUUCCUCCGUGACACCCGAAUACUUGAAUCUUUUGCUCCUAUGCCAUUUUUUAAGAUCUAGAAAGUAAGCCAGGCCUGAAUCCUUUCCCCUGAAGAGUGAAAUCCAUGACUCGGCUUUUAAGUCCUUUGAAGGUCAGAACAGCACUGCCAAACAAGCAGAGGUUCUCCCUCUCCAGACGGCAGAUUUCCCUGCUGGGGCGCCAGUGGCUCUGCCUCCAGGAAAUGAUGGUGUGGUGGCCAGCAGGGUCUGAGGUGAAUGGAGAUUCUGUCUCUUCCUUAUGGAUGGUGCCUGCACAGAUGUGUAACACCCUGUAACACCCACCGUGUGUGUGUGUGUGUGUGUGUGUGUGUGUGUGUGUGUUUUCUAACUCUAAAGCUCUAAAGCAGUGCUUCUCAACUUUCCUAAUGCUGCAACCACUUAAUACAGUUUCUCAUGUGGUAACCCCCUCAACCAUAAAUUAUUUUCAUUGCUUUUUCAUAACUAAUUUUACAACUACUAAAUAUCAUAAUGUAAAUAUCUGAUAUGUAGGAUUUCUGAUGUGUGACCCCCACCCCCAUGAAAGGGUCACAACCCACAGGUUGAGAAAUGUUGGUUUAAAUACAGUGAACCUAUCUUAAGCAUCUGUUGGGGAGGUUUUAUGCUGAAGAUGUGUGUUUCCUAAAUAGAGGGCUGGGGGUUGUCACCUUACAGGUACAUGUGCUGUUCUGACAUGUAAUGAAGAGCAGGACAGGGCAUCUGGGAUAGAGUAGGACCACCCAGGGGACUUAUCAGUCCCCAGAGAAAUGGCAAGUCAUGGAAAGACCUCAAGGCAGGUCAUCCAGGGGCACCAUAGUAGCUACCUUGAUUCUCUGUUAAUCCCAAUUCCAUCUCUCUCGCUGCCUCCCACCAGAGACUGUAAACCUAGAUUCUUAUCCUCCCAGCUUCCUCUGCAGGUUUGGGUGAGCAUGUGACCAGGUAUGGCCAAUGAAAUUGAAGUAGAAGUCUGCAGGAGCUACUAGAAAAGCCCAUGCCUUUUCUGAGAGCCUCACUUUGCCUCUCCCUUCUUGAUUGAGGAUGCAAUGCCUGGACCAUUAGCAACCAUGUUUUACCUGAGGAAAAGGCCAAAAGAUCCAUAAACUCUGUGAUUGUCUGACCAAGCAAGUGCCAACAGCUCUCCCUCUCCAAAAUCCUUGUAAAUAAAAAUAAACUCCUGUUUGGUAAA